AACGCUUUGUCAUGACAAACAUCGAACGUUUAGCAGCAUAAAAACAUUAACGUUGCUCGAUUGAUGACCCGCUGUUGUGAAGAAAGAACUCCUGCAGAAUUUACGGAUAAACAUCACACAAAGAGCGAGAUUAAUCAAGCAGCUGAAACUAAAGCUGUUGUCUCGGGAUACUGAUUUGGCAUGUUAUGAGCUGAAGGAAGCGGUCACUGUAUGUCAUUCACUUCUCAUCCUCAGUGUUUACCACAGCAGAUUUAAGAGGGAUUAAAUUUCUAGUAAGGUAAGUGCUUCUCGAGUUCUCUAUCCUUGUCAGUUUUACGUUAAGUGUUUGUCUCCGUUUCUCAGCGCUUUGUCCUUAUAAUGCGUAUUAUCAAAGCUCGCAGUUGACACAUGCAUUGAAAACCUUAGUUCAACCGUCGAUAAGUAUGACAGGUCAAGUUCCCAGCUCUUGAGUGUUGCCCUUUCAAGAUUUCCUGUCGAAAAGACGGAACGAAAAGCUCGAACUGUUCUAAUGCUAGUGCAUAACGCAGAAAUUAUAAACCAAUUAGCACUGGCUUGAGGAUUACAGCUGCCCGAUAAUCUAUGCUGUUACGCUAAUUUGAUAAGAAAGCAAAGGGACCGUUCUCAUAUUAGACAUAGCAUGUUAACUUGCGAGCGUGAAGAGGGCUUAGAAAAUCGUCGUUAGAUUUACCCAAAAUAGUAUCUUUUAAAACGUUAAUGCAGUCCUGCCUACAUAUCUAAACAGCAAAAAUGUUUUACAGUGGAAUACUAUUCAAGAUGAACUUUACAACGGCAAAACCAAAUUGGCCUGAUAUGAAUGAGAGUAUAAUUUCUCGGGAGAAAUGGGGAUCAGUUGUACUUCAGUUGUGUUUGUUCUGCCUCAUCGCAGUCGUUGGUUUCGUUGCAAAUGUCCUUGUUCUCAUGGCUGCCUCGCAACUUUGUAAACAUCGGACACAUCGCAGUACAAGAAGUACGUACUAUAUUAUAAACUUGGCAAUUGCAGAUUUGGCAAUUAUCCUAGUUGCGCUACCAACGGAUAUGAUAACGCAUUUCACGUCCUGGCCGUUUGGGGAAUUUCCAUGCAAGUUUUUAUACCCGCUCCGAGAUGUCUUCGUAUUUGUUGCGAUCAUGACAGUGACUGGACUCAGCAUUGAGCGUUAUUGGGUCAUCACGGGCCCAUUUAAAACGAAGCCUAACCCAAAACAUGCGCGUAUCAUCAUUGUCAGCAUAUGGAUCGUUGGAUAUUUAUUCGUCGGCCUACCAAUGGUUUUUGUCAUGCAGCUGAUCGACGAGACAGGAGAUGGUCGGUUUAUUUUCUGUGACCCAGAAUGGAGCAGUAAUACGGAACAAAAGAUACACGUCCUUUUGAGUAUAGCAUGCAUCGUUCUGCCUGCUUGUAUUAUAACGUUCUGUUAUAUCCGUAUCGCUAAGUCGCUACAGCGUUUACAAACACGUCGUACGAGUUUCGUAAGCAGCGAAGGCAAGCCUACGACAUCAGUAUUUUCGCUUGUGGAACAAAGUAAGAAAGUGGCGAAGAUGUUGGUCAUUAUUGUGCUUGCGUUUUGCUGUUGUGUUCUUCCGUUUACUACCUUCGCCCUGGCCGCGCAGUUUGGUGCAGGAGGAGACCACAACCUCUUGUACGCGCUGUUUGUUUCACUGUUUUUUGCACACAGCGCUGUCAACCCCGUCAUUCUGAUUAUCAUGAGCAAAGAGUACCGCUUAGAGGUAGUGAAAAUUGUUCGCGCCUUGCGAGACGUCUGCUGGAAGGCAGAGACUCUUCGCACAUACUUUACACAUUUGAGGGCUCAAACCGACUAUCGCCAGCACCGAAAAGAAAGCGAUAAUCGUGCUCAAUUAGUUGACGCACCCGCUAUAGACGGUGAACCACAGCAGAGAAGUACGGAACUGUAAAUGGAGAAUUGACUAAAGCCCACAGUGGGUCUGUAUUGCAAAUUUAUGACUAUGUAUAUGAUUCAUUGCGCGGACAAUAUGACAUUUUAACUAUAAUAUCAAGCAACUUUCUUUAUAUAUAGCAAUAGGCGCACUAGUUUCGAUUAAGGUGACUUUAUAGAUGGCUCUAUAAACAACUUAUUGAAUGUUUCAAAAAGUUCGGUUGUAUGUAGUUUCGUGUAUUGGUCAAUAGCUGUUCUAUAUAAAGGCAUGUGUAAUGUGCUAACUUCUAUCGAUCUUAAAACACCACUCUCUGUGGCUAUGCACGAGUAAUUGAUUGAGAAAUUGCGUAAAUUAUUCGUUUAAACCGCAAUGGGUUUUGUUAAAUUAGCGGAUCAUUAGAUUUUUAAAAAGAAUGUAGCAAAUUUUAACAAAAUCAGUAGGUGCAUGUGAUAACGUUAUAAAUUUCUCUAAAAUAGAAACACUUUCGACGAUUACAUGUGAUGUCAUAUACUUAACCACUAACAACAUUUAGUGAUUAUUUCAGAAGAGAACGCAUGAAAUUGGAAUAUAAGCACAGGUUUUACGAUUUCACAAUUUUCGACCGAAUAAACAAAGUUACGAUUUUCAUUUUUUUAUAAAGUAUUAUGAAAGAUGAGAAAUUCCAAUGCCAAUGACGAAUAAUUCCCACCGUGGCCAAGCAUAUUUUUCAAGCAUGCCCGGUGUGGAUAUACACUCAGUCUCAGAGUAACAUCACAAGCAUCAAUUAUUCAUAAAUUUUAAAUUCGGUUUAUUUUGAAUUUGAAUGAAAAGUUAUUUCGAUGCGUGCUGUUUUAAUAUACACAAUAUCUGUGUGCCUGUAACUUUCUUUUGUAACCUUAUUAAAUUUAAAGGGAUAAUUUUAAAAAACCCAAAAUUAAUUGAAAAUUGCCAAUUUCUCAUGAAAUAUUACUCAGGAGUAGCUAUGGUGACAUAUAUGACAAAGGAAUUUAUUAUUGUGCAAUAAAAUAGCGCAAAUUUAAUCGCGAUUUCUUUCAUAUAUCAAUACAUGCGGUAAAACUCAAUAUCACCGCAAAAUCACACGCGGUACAGUGAGUCCGAUACAAAAUGAGUAGAGCACAUUGCCUUUCAGAUCGUGCUACGGACCACAGCAUAACGGGGAAAAUGCACCGUCACACUCCGUGAAUGCAAAAUCGACAAAUCAGGCAUAUCAUUUAUCGAAAGUUACAUGUUUCAUAAAUGGGCUUAUUGCAUGAGACAUAUCAUGGGACUGCCAAGAUGACAAGAUAAUAAUUGGCACUGUGUGCACAAAUACACGCCAACUAAUUCGAUUUAUUAAACUCGCAAAAAGCGCUUAGCACUGCAUGUCUGUAAGCUAUUCAGUACAGUACAUAUGUAUAUAUUUGUAUAUUAUAUGCCAUAUAGAAGAGAAUAUAUCUUACUUUAGUUCAGCAGCGUCGGUGUGUAUACAAUACUGAUAUACUAUUCUACAAGAAAAAUAUUAAAAUAAUGGUUUGAGCGAAGGAGUUUAAUUGAAAUUUAAUCAGUAGAAAUGUCAAAGUCAUGCAUGCUUUUUCUGGCUGAUGGGAAUCAACAUCCAGCGCAUUCGUGAAACAAUAUAAUUGUUACAAGUACAAAGUGAAAUAGGAGUCACUACGAAUUCAUUAACUUAUAGCCGAAAAAAUCGUGAGAAAUUGGAAGAAAUAGUUUUGCCAUAAACAUGCAGCGUGGAAUCUGUAUGGUAUACGUAGCCGGCCAUUGUUGUUUAAAAGAGAGAACUUCUAUUUUUAUAUGUAAAUAUUUCCUGCAUGUUAUCAAAUAUAGUUAAAAUGCAAAUAGUUCUAUUAUGAAGACACUUAUUACCUAUAGGCAUGCAAUAAGAAUGAAAACUAAUAUUUCCCGAAAGAUUAAUAUUCGUGGAUUGUUUUAACUGGAUUCGCCUCAAAAAUUCAAAAUACGUCCCG